CAGGUCAGCACCACACUAUCUACACCAUUGCAAAUGAGUGGCUCUGCAUCUUCUUCCUGUAGCAUUUCCAACCAGAGAGCUUCUCCUCCUCUCCUCCCACCAUAAUCAAAUCCUCAAAUAUCUCAAUCUCUCUCUAAAGCCUCCUCUUCUUCACAUUCUUCACUAAAUUCCUAUACUCAACAAGGGGGCCUUCACCGGCUAGCUACCUCAUACUCAUAACAAUGGCUUCCACCUCCUCCUCCACUCUCACUAUCUCUUCUUCUUCCUCCCUCGUUGAUGCAAAGGCUCCCAGACAAUCGGCUUCUGCUUCCUCUCAAUGCGUCAGCCUUCCCUCUCUCCCUCCUCCGCCGGUUCAGUCCCAGAACCGUCCCUGGAAGGCCGCUGCCUAUUGUCGCAAAAUUGCUCGCAAUGUGAUGGCAAUGGCAAGCUCGGCAACAGGUGAAGCCCCUCCAGCAGUUGUUACAGGACAAGAGAUUUCAACAGAAGUUGUCACAGCUGAGCCCCCAGAGCUUGUUAAGAAGAUUCAACAAGCUUGGGACAAAGUUGAAGAUAAAUAUGCAGUGAGCACAGUAGCAGCAGCUGGUGUAGUUGCGUUGUGGGGCACAGCUGGGAUGAUGUCGGCAAUCGAUAGGCUUCCUUUGAUUCCUGGGAUGCUUGAGGUUGUGGGCAUUGGCUACACUGGGUGGUUCGCUUACAAGAACCUAGUUUUCAAGCCAGACAGGGAAGCUUUUGUGCGAAAAGUAAAAGAAACAUACUACGAAAUAACUGGGAGCAGUGCCUAGAGGAGCCAUUGACACAAGCAAGGACUCUGGUUGAAGAUGUGGAACCAUUGUUGAUAAAUGCUUCUGACCAUAUACUACAUUAUCCAAUGUAAUGUUACGCGAUUAUCUGUACUGAAAAUAAAUGUAACUUUCACAUCAUUUCCACCAUUAUCUCGUACAGUUUUUAAGGGUGGGAAAAACAAUAAA